AUGCCUCCAAAGCGUCGCAGGCGCGCGUCGCCACCGGCGAAAGGCCUUCCUGCCGGCCAAAAACUUCAAAGAAACGCCCUGGCAACGCCUAUGCACUCGCCUUGGUCCUGGGUUGACACCGAGAUUCAAGAUGUGAACAAGAUCUCGCAUGAACAUCGUUUAGCGGCGUGUGGAUUCAGCUCGCGGAACGGAUAUCCCUUCUGCAGCAACAAAUUUAGUGAUACUAGUCAAACCAAAGUUCCCGAGAGUUCUAAAGGGGGUGACGGGAAUAAUGAUGACAAUGUCAUUAUCGUUACGGACGAUGAGAGUCAACCUGAAUGUAGCAAGAAGGCCUGCAAGAAUAAUCCGAAGUGCCUGAACUACUUGGGUCAGGAGACGUGGGUUGCGGAAGAAGGUGCAGCAUGGAAGGAAUAUCUCAAGAUGAUGGCCAUGGGUGAAGACCCCCUGUUGGACUCUAGAGACCCCGAUGUCCCUGUAGGACUGAAGAAUCUCGGUGCUACAUGCUAUGCAAACGCGUUCCUUCAGGUCUGGUUCAGGGAUCUUGCUUUCAGAGCUGGUGUAUAUAAGUGUGUACCUUCAGAGGACACUACGGAGGACAAGUACAAGGAAUCCCCCAUUUUUCAACUGCAAUAUACAUUUGCUGCAUUGCAAGAAUGCACUCAAAGCGUGUUCAACCCAACAAAGCUUGUAGAGAGCUUGCAGAUCCGUACAGCAGAACAACAAGAUGCCCAAGAGUUUUCGAAAUUGUUUAUGUCUCAUUUAGACGCGGAAUUUCGAAAGCAAGCAGCUCCCUCUUUGAAAUCGCUUGUAGCAGACCAGUUUGAAGGCAAGCAAGUAUAUGGCACCGUUUGCGACCGAUGUUCCUAUCGUUCAGAGCGUCCAAGUACUUUCCUUGAGAUUGAAAUCAACCUUGAGGCAAACUCAAGUCUUGAGGAGCGCAUUGAGGCGCUGCUGAAACCUGAACAGCUACAAGGCGAUAACAGGUACCUUUGCCCUCAGUGCGAAACUCUUCAAGAGGCUACCCGGUACACAGAACUCCGCGAACUCCCGCCAGUCUUGCACUUUUCCUUACUCAGGUUUGUGUACGACGUAUCGUCCAUGGAACGCAAGAAAUCAAAGCAUGCCAUUUCUUUCCCAAAGACUUUGGACAUGAGUCGGUUUCUUGGCUCUCAAGCUGAACGUGUAAACAACUCAACAGACGCAGAACCGGGAUCGAAGACAUAUAACCUACGUGGGAUACUGUUGCACAAGGGGCCCAGCGCAUACCAUGGUCAUUACGAAGCACAAGUCUUUGACUCGUCCAGCAACACAUGGUUUCAAUUCAACGACGAAGUUGUUAGCAAGAUCAACAAUCCAGAGAUGAAGUCCAACGCAAAUGGCGUCGCAGACCAUCGUGACAAGAAGUAUGACAUCGCUCUCGCUUUGGCAUGGUGGCUAAUCAGUCGUCGCAUGUCUAGGAACGCUCUCAAACGUCGGAGAGUAGACGAUAGCGAAGAUGAGAUAGUGGUUUAUAAACAGGUUGCGGAUCCUAGCGUCAUAUCGUCUAAGGAUGCAUACAUGUUGAUCUAUACAUGCGAAGGGGAUGAAGGCCAGAUUCCAGUUCCCCCGGCGAGCGCCAUGGAACAGGUAAAGGCACUAAAUGCCUCUCAUGAUCAAACAUGCGAGGCCUUUCAGGUCAAAAAGCAACAAGCCAAAAGCGCCUUCAAUGACCUGCGCAGAAACGUUGUCAACAUAUUCAAAUCCUGGAACGUGACUUCUGAUUCUCAGCCAUCCAUCAUCGUUAGUGCCAAUGUCCUUAAAGAUUGGCUGGCGAAACACUGCAUCGAAGCUUCUGUCCAAGACAAGUCUAAGUUACAAAAGCAAGCUGACGAUGCAGAAGGCGGAAUCAUCAUCAAUGCAGCAUCGGGAACAUGGUCCCUUGUCACAGACGAUAUCCUGUGUAUUCACAAACGUCUAGAUCCAACCAAAGCAUCCCUCAUGAAGCAGAUCAAUCAGGUGGCUUACCAGAAAAUCGCGAAUACUACGAAUUGCGUGUUCGAGCCGACAAUGACACCGUCUGAUGUUUGUCCUGACUGCGUGGCACAGUCUUUCCUUGACCGCUUGUACCAAAUCCAGCAUCCCAAGCUCGUACGAAGUGUUGACCAAGCCGAAGAUGACUUGGAGGAGCCGGGUUACUGGAUAUCAAAGCCUUGGUUACGAGAUUGGCGGCUGGUGAAGCCCAAAAUGCACGUACAAGGCGAGGACGACCCGUCACCGGACGCACCCGAUUACGCCUCGGAUGUUCGCUGCGAGCAUGGCAAUUUAUCCAUGAACACCAGCCAACGCGUUCGAAUAGGAGCUCAGGCCUAUUGCUUACUUCAAGAGCUAUUUCCAUCUUGGGCACCGUUGUCUACGAAUGUUGAACCCUGCCCAAUAUGUGAAGCUGAGAUCCACGAAUCUAAAGAGCACAAGCUUGCGGCUCGCAAGCAAGCGGAAGAUGAGAAAGCUCGUCUUCGGCAUAUGUACGAUAACGCUUUAAAUGGUAAUAUGGCCCUGCUCGAGGACGUCCCUUGCGCAAUAGUUCCUGCACAAUUCAUCCGCUCUUGGCGUCAGUGGCUAUCCAAGCCCUCGGAAUAUCCUCGACCAAAUCGAGUGGAUAAUACACCCUUCAUUUGCACACAUGGCUUGCUGAAUUUCGAUGCCAAUUGCCCGAACGAUAUGGACUCUUCCCUCUCAAUCAUAAAGAUGAUCGACUGGCAGGUACUAUCGGAGUUAUACACUGCCGAGCCUGUCAUCGCUAUAGAGAAGCGUCUUUUACCCGACGAGCAACUGCCUCGGCGCACUGCAUGGACCUCCACUGACAUCACAGUACGGUUACUUGGGAAGGAGGAUUCUCAAGCUUCCAAGAAGCCCGCUACCUACGGGUCUCGUCAGAUAGGAGCGAGACUUUCUAAACGGCUACGGACAGCUAAAGACUCGGGUGAAAAGCGAAGGUUCAGUAUCACAAAGGAAACCACUGUGAAAGAUAUAAAAGUCAUGGUACAAACUCAAAUGAGUAUUCCUACGAUUUGUCAGAGACUGUUUUAUCGCGAUAUCGAGCUCGAGGACAACGGAGUCAGUGUAGCAGAUCUGUCCAUUCUUGCAAACGAUGUCCUCGACUUGCGAGAGGAGAGUGAAGUACAUGAUAUAGACUCAGAUACCGAGGUCAGUCCGCCUACGAAGAGGAAACGCGAAGAGGGUGGUGGGUUUGGUGGCACGCUCCUAGGGGGUCAUUCCUCCCAACCCAGUAGCUCCAGGGAAGUGACGCCGCAGGAGGAUAAUUUCCUAUCGUGUCGGGUAUGCACAUUUGCGAAUGCCAUCGAUGCUGAUGCAUGCUCAAUGUGCAACACCCCGUUAUCGUAA